UGUACUGUGUGCAGGACACGAAGGACACCUCGGCGCUCCAGCGCAACUACAAUUUAAUGUACCCCGAAGUGAAGGAAAGUGUUCCUAUCGUCCUUGUCGUUACAGGCCUGGAAGACCAAGAACCGGAAAUGGAAGAGUGGUGGAGGAAUAAUGAGAAAUCCAUCUCAGACCUCGGGAUGAACUUUGCUGGCCACGCGUGUAUUACCGCUGUAACUGUUCAUGAAGGUGAUACAGAAGAGCUCAAGCAGCGCCGCGAACAGUCAUAUCACGCCGUCUGCAAACCUUAUCGAACAUUGUCGCCUGCAGAAUGGGAUUGAGGUCUCCGAGAUAACCAAUACUCCUCCCGCAAGGUA